AUGUACCCUGCAGUUAAACUUCAAAAUAACCAAAUUGAAACUUAUGAAGAAAAUGAUAAGAAACUUAACGAGCAAGUGACUUACCUAAAAGGGAGAAACAAAGAUUGGAAAGUAAUGUUAACGAUUGAUACUGGAGAAGUAGGAAGUGUUGAAUUCGCCAAAGCUCUGUCAAGUCAGUCGAGCCGUGGUCAUUUCAUGCGCCAGUUAGUCAGUUUUUUGAGGAAGUUCAAUUUCGAUGGAUUUGACAUAAUGUUCCGUCCUUCAGGUGGCUAUGACAAACAGAAAGUUACUUCUUUCAUUCAGGAAAUUCGCGAUGAGUUUUCGAGAGACGUCGGAGCUCCCGGUCGUUCGUCGCUACAGUUAAGUAUCGCAAUCCCAGUUCACAAAGAAACCAUUAGACGCGAAUACGAUCUGAAAGAAAUUCAAAAGUACGCUUUCUACUUUUAG